GGCUUAUAGGGUCCAGAUGUCGCGCCUUGUCGCGUUUCUGUUGCAGCUUUCUGCACCGGAAGAACAGCCUCUGACCUGGGAAGUGACGACGCGUCUGUAACCGGGUCACGGCUCCCAGAGGCACGCUGUUCUUUCUAGGGUUUAGUUUACCACCACCAGAAGUAAAACUAAAAAUGUCGGACGACGAGGACAUGACUCCAGCUGUGAAGAAAAGUCGAGUUUUCUAUGGCAGCCUGGAGGAAAAAGAGAGAGAACGUUUGAGCUGUGAGUCGGCAAGUGGCACAAUGGCCGGAAAGAAUGCAGUGAAGGCAGGGAUCCAGGCAGGAAACAUCAACAUCUCCUCAGGUGAGACUCUGGAGAUGGAGGAGCGAGUUAGUGAGCGGCAGCAGGAGGCGCUUGCUGAGUUUGAGCGGCGGCGGCGAGCACGGCAGAUUACCGUCUCCACUGAUGACGCCGAGGUGAAGGCUGGCCUCCGGGCGCUCGGGGAGCCCAUCACUCUAUUCGGAGAGGGGCCAGCUGACCGUAGAGAGAGACUGCGAAGCGUCCUGUCUGUGGUUGGACCCGAUGCUCUGAAGAAGUCCAGGAAGGACGAGGAGAGAGCAAAGAGAUCACAGGACGAGUGCCAGCAGACGUGGUACCAUGAAGGCUCAGCCUCGCUGAAGGACGCUCGUCUGUGGUUGGCUAAAUACUCACUGCCACGGGCCAUGAGGCGUCUGGAGGCUGCACGUGUUCAGAAGGAUGUUCCUGAUUCGACGAGGGUGGUCCGACAGCAAGAGCUGCACAAGAGCCUAAGGAACCUAAACAACUUCUGCAGCCAGAUCGGUGAUGAUCGACCGAUCAGUUUCUGCCACUUCAGCCCAGACUCCAGGAUGUUAGCCACUGCAUCCUGGAGCGGCCUCUGUAAGCUGUGGUCCGUCCCUGACUGUAGCCUGAUCCGUACGCUCAGAGGACACAACACCAAUGUUGGCGCUGUCGUCUUCCGCCCACAAGCCGGACUCUCUCUUGAUCAGUCUGACGUCAGCUUGGCGUCAUGUGCUGCUGACGGAUCUGUGAAGCUUUGGAACCUGGAAAGCGAUGAGCCUAUGGCAGACAUUGAGGGUCACAGUGAGCGGGUGUCCCGGGUCUCGUGGCAUCCUUCAGGAAGGUUUUUGGGAACCACCUGUUACGAUAACUCGUGGCGUCUGUGGGAUUUGGACGUUCAGGAGGAAAUUCUUCACCAGGAAGGUCACAGUAAAGGAGUCCAUGACCUGAGCUUCCACCCUGACGGCUCCCUGGCUGCUACUGGAGGCUUGGAUGCAUUUGGCCGCGUUUGGGACCUUCGCACAGGGCGCUGCGUUGUUUUCCUGGAGGGACACCUAAAGGAGAUCUACAGCCUGCACUUCUCCCCCAAUGGAUAUCACCUGGCAACAGGAAGUGGUGACAACACCUGCAAGGUUUGGGAGCUGAGAAACAGAAAGUGCUUGUACACAAUCCCUGCCCACCAGAAUUUGGUGUCUGCUGUGCGCUUCCAACCUACUGAUGGUCACUUCCUUUUGACUGGUGCAUACGACAACACGGCAAAGGUUUGGAGUCAUCCGGGUUGGACUCCACUGAAGACACUAGCUGGACACGAAGGAAAGGUGAUGGGCAUCGACAUGUCACCGGAUGGGACGCUGAUUGCCACUAGCUCCUACGACCGAACUUUCAAGCUCUGGUUGUCAGAGUGAUGUAACAACUUUUCUAUAUAUCUGAAAAAGUCACAAAUUGCUGUUUUUUUCAUUAAAAUAAAAGAUAUGGUUUUUAAGUUUAGUUUAAAUUUAGUAUAAAUGAUAAAUAUGAUAAGGAAUAAUUGAGUUCCUUUGUACAUGUAACUUGGUGCAAAAUAUGGUUCAUAAAUGAUAAAUAAACAAACGUUUUGAGAUAGUAAACAA